AUGCCCCACCGAUUAACUCUCGAAGAUUUUAAAGGCAAGGAACUGAAAAAUGGAACCCCCUUAGAAAUUCUGAUACAUGUCUUGGAAGUUGCUGCUGAGAAGUUUAAGGAGGAAGAAACUGCUAACGGCAAUUCAACAUGCACUAAGCCUACCUUGAUCAGCAACGAGUCAUCUCGUGCUGAUGAGAAGAUCCAAGUCCAACCACCACUGGAAAAAUCUUUGCUGGUGCUGAAACAUAGCAAUUCGAAAACGAAACUGGUUGAUUCAAUGAAAAAUGAAGAAUGGGUAAAUUGUCUGACGAAUAAGAAGACCAAGAGGGAAGAAGAAGAAGAUGAUGAUUCAAGUACUGCUGCUGCAUCAUUGUCAAGCUUGCCAGAAGAAUUUCAAAGGGAAAUUGCUGUGAGAUGUGGCGGAUCAGAACCAGAUCGAUUGUUUCGUCUCAUCAGAAAGACUUUAACCAAAACAGAUAUAAGUAAAGGACAUGGCAGACUCACCAUUCCUUGCAACCAGAUACAGAGUUUUGAGUUCUUGGAAGACGAUGAGAUUACAUUACUUAGGCAAAAAGAAACCAUUAGAGUGCCAUUGAUUCAUAAACCGAAAAAGAAUAAUGGGGUGUCUGAUCCUUCUCUUACUGAGACGAUACUAAAAUUUGGACAGUGGAAUUUGCAUGCAAACAAAGAUGAUCCAAGGAAAGUGAGCUCACAAUAUGUAUUGAAUGGUGGCUGGAACAAUAUAGUCUCUGAAGACAGACUCAAACAAAACAGAACAGUUGAGGUCUGGGCAUUCAGAGAUAUUCAAAACAGGCUUUGCAUGGCACUUGUUCAGCUUGGACGGUGA